CUCAGAAGAAAAGCGCCAGGACAGAAGCCCAGAGCCACGAGCUUCCAGAGCAAGCAGGGUCUCAGUGCAUCACGGGAAGACUGACGUGUGUGUUGGAGCAUGUGGGACACAUUAGUUGUAUCACCAUGGCUUUGACUGGAAUGUCAUAUUUGAGAAUUUGCAUAGAAUCAGAUUUGACAGACAGCUUUAAGGAGCUAAGAUUGACUGUGGAGCCAUAAAGGCCCUUGGAAAAACAGCCUGCUUCCUUGCUUACACAGUUGCCAACAGCCUUGCCAGCCUCCUAGAAUUGGCAGCGGGUGGAAAAUGGAAGAGACAAGCCUGAGAAAAAGGAGAGAGGAUGAGAAGUCGAUCCAGAGCAUCGAGCCCAAGACCACAAAUCUCCAAAAGGAGCUGGGCCUGUUCAGCGGCAUCUGCAUCAUUGUGGGCACCAUCAUCGGCUCUGGGAUCUUCAUUUCCCCCAAGUCUGUGCUCAGCAACAUGGAAGCCGUGGGACCCUGUCUCAUCAUAUGGGCGGCUUGUGGGAUUCUUGCGACACUGGGCGCUCUGUGCUUUGCGGAGCUUGGCACGAUGAUCACCAAGUCAGGGGGCGAGUACCCUUACCUGAUGGAAGCCUUUGGCCCCAUUCCUGCCUUUCUCUUUUCCUGGACCAGCCUGUUCGUCAUAAAGCCCUCGUCCUUUGCCAUCAUCUGUCUCAGCUUCUCUGAGUAUGUUUCUGCGCCCUUCUACUCAGGCUGCAACCCUCCUCAAGUUGUCAUUAAACUCCUGGCUGCCGCUGCCAUCUUGCUCAUCACCACGGUGAACGCGCUGAGCGUGCGGCUGGGGAGCUACGUCCAGAACGUGUUCACAGCGGCCAAGAUGGUGAUCGUGGUCGUCAUCAUCAUCAGCGGACUCGUCCUCCUGGCCCAAGGAAAUACAAGGAAUUUUGAAAAUUCUUUUGAGGGCACGAAACUGUCUUUGGGAGCCAUCGGUCUGGCGUUUUAUAAUGGACUCUGGGCGUAUGAUGGAUGGAAUCAACUCAACUAUAUUACAGAAGAACUUAGAAACCCUUUCAGAAACCUGCCCCUGGCCAUCAUCAUCGGGAUCCCGCUGGUGACAGGGUGCUACAUCCUCAUGAACGUGUCCUACUUCACUGUGAUGACAGCCACCGAGCUCCUGCAGUCCCAGGCUGUGGCCGUGACGUUUGGCGACCGUGUCCUCUACCCCGCCUCGUGGGUCGUUCCACUCUUCGUGGCGUUUUCAACCAUCGGCGCCGCUAACGGGACGUGCUUUACGGCGGGCAGACUUGUUUACGUUGCAGGCCGGGAAGGCCACAUGCUUAAAGUGCUCUCUUAUGUUAGCGUCAAGCGCCUCACUCCAGCCCCUGCCAUCAUCUUUUAUGGUAUCAUAGCAACCAUUUAUAUCAUCCCUGGUGACAUAAACUCAUUAGUCAAUUACUUCAGUUUUGCUGCAUGGCUGUUUUAUGGCUUGACCAUCUUUGGACUAGUUGUGAUGAGGUUUACGAGGAAAGAACUGAAAAGGCCUAUCAAGGUGCCCAUUUUCAUCCCCAUCUUGGUGACUCUCUUAUCCGUGUUUUUGGUUUUGGCCCCAAUCAUCAGCCAACCUGCAUGGGAGUAUCUCUACUGUGUGUUAUUUAUGCUGAGCGGCCUUAUAUUUUAUUUCCUUUUUGUCUACCAUAAGUUUGGAUGGGCUCAGAAAAUCUCAAAUCCUCUCACCAUGCACCUUCAGAUGCUGAUGGAAGUCGUCCCCGCAGAGCAAGCUCCAGAGUAACAAAGCUCAGCCUCCUGUGGCCAAGUCUAAGCUGUGAAGAAUUUAUUUUUGUAAGCAAUAUUUGCGGUUGUUUCUUCCUGAUGUUUUUCUUAAGAAAACAAUGUACUCACAUGUGUAUAAUACUGUUAUUUUUAGCUAUCCUUAGUUCCCUGGGUGGGUGUUUGCUGAAGUUAGCAGGUGAGGGUGUAACCCAGCAGCAGGCUGGUGGCCAGGGACGGGCUGAGUCAGAGCGGCCCCCACCACACGGUGACUCUUUAACGAGGGUCACAUCACACCUACUUCAAUAAAGGGAAUUCUUUAAACUCAGUGAUCA